GCGAGCUCAGCUGCAAGAACAGUGAUUUUUGAUGAUUUCUUUCGUGAGAUGUCGCAAGACGAGCGCAGGAACCCCGUGUGUGUUCCGAAAUGUUCGAGUCCAUUUUAGUGCCUUCCUUUGUGCGGAGUCGAGAUUGGCGUAGCCUUGCAUGCAGCGAAGGUUGCAUGCAGCAAAGUGAGGCGCAGGAAGCGAGAAAUAGUGAGCUUACUUAGUGUGCAUGUUGCUUUUGUAUGGUCGACACCCUUUGAGAAGCAACUCUGACCAAUCCUGAGACUUACUUGGGUCCAAGGGUGUUGGACAGAUUUAUCUCUUUAACUUAAAAGACAGACAGAUCUGCUGACUCACUGUUCUGGAUGUUUUGGGGCUGGUUCAUAUGGAGCCUGUGCGAAAAACUUGGCAAGAAAAGCUUCAAGGAAACAACUCUUGCCCAAACGCUGAGCGUUUCAGCUCAAUGAUCACGAGAUGUCACCAGACGAGAUCCUUACCUAGAUAUGGAUCCCCACCAGAUGUGAAGGAGCAGCAGCUGCGGGCGGUCGCAACUGUGGCAGACUUGCGGCGUGCACUGAAGCUUUCCAAUGAGCGCCGCAGCCAAGACUGCAAGAACUAUGCUCCUGAGCGUCUUUUCAGCGCCAAGGAUACAGGGCGAGCUCACGUUUGCGAAUCAGAAGUGAGUCUGACGCAGGCUGUGGUUGUCCCGGCCAAGAUGCAAAUUGCUGUCCAGCGCAUUCGUCGUCGCCACAAACCGAAGAAGAAGAUUGCUUGUCCAACUACAAUUCGCGUGGGAAGGCUACUGCCCAGCGUCCAGGAAUGUUUGAACAAGUUCUGGAGCGAUGAGGUGAACUCGGACGACUUGUUGAGGAUGCGGGUGGUCUUCCGCUCUAUGUCAGAGGACGGUCUGCAUGUUUUGUGCGACGAUCUUCCAGAGCUUAUGAUGCGAUGUGGCUUUCACACCCUUUCCGAAGAGAAGUGCAAGAAACUGGUGCAAGAGGUCACUGUAUUUGACUACAUGGAUUUUCAAGACUUUACCGACUUUAGUGAAAAAGCAAUCCUUGAAGAACGGAAGGGCUAUCGACAGCUGCUCAAGACCUGGGAGCCAAACAGCUGCGACAAUUUCGUGGAUCCGGUUGACAAUGUAAAGAGUUUUAUGAAGAUGCUCAAGGUAAUUUGUACACGUAAGAGCGUGCUGGACAUUUUGGAUGUUGCUGGAUUGAAGGAUGAGCCUUGCAAUUCCCCUCAAGAAAUGCUCCGUUUUCUGGCCGCCUACCAAGCUUGUGAGGGCUUCAGCAAGCAGGAAGUUUCUUCUUUGCGAGCAGCGUUCAAGAGUUGUGAGGAGAAGCCUCAUGCUGUCGGGCCUGAAGGCCGUUUGAUCGAUCCCAAGAGUCUCAGCUUCGGCCUUUUGCGAUUUGGUGGCAUUUACUUUGUUGAAGCCUGGCGGGCAAUGAAGCACUAUCAAAAGGCCAGCGCUGCCGGUGUUUCCUUCUACGAAUUCUUGGUCUGUGCACGGCGAGUGCGCGAAACGCAGCUACAGCAGGUGGCUGAGUACGUUGAGACAAUCUGCGGAGAGGGUGAGAACUUUAUUGAGGAGCUCAGAUCCCUAUGUCGCCCACUUGGCUUCACCUUGCAAAAGGUCGAAGUGGUAGAGAUAUGCCAAGAAAAAGGCAUUGGCCUUGAUGGACCAUUGUCUUUGGACUGUGCGUGGGACUUCGCUGAGCAUGUGCGAAGUUGUCAUGGUUUCAGAAAGGCUGAACAGGCCGAGCUAGUACAGAGCUUCUUGAAGUUUUCGCAGGGAGAGGCUGAGCUGGCAGUGCUUAAAAUCUUGGAGUUGCUUAAUUGGUUAGGACUUGGUGGAGCGCUUGAAGAAGCUCAUCAGAUGUUGAGACAGGUGGACUUCAAUGACAACGGUGUUUUGGACGAGACCGAAUUCUUGCGUCUCAUGAGACUGCAGAAGGAGAGAAAUCUUGUUUCCUACACAUCAGCAUAUUGCAGACUUCACCUUGGUGAUGCUAUCACAAGAAGUCGGAUUUUUGCUGCCUUGGCAGAAUGCGAUAUUUUUACAGAGAACCAUCUUUUGGAGGUAAUCACACUGAAGCACGGCAUCAAGACAGCUUCAGUGAAUUUCAGCCACGCGGGCGUACGAAGGGGCAGCGGAAAGCAGCCAGGGAUUUCAUGGGAUACCUGGGUGAUCCUGGCUGAGGAGGCACGAAAGGUGACUCCUGUUUGGAAGCGUCGCAGUGCUUCUUUCAAGGAGGCAGAAGUGUCCGAGCUUCGGAAGGCUUUUGGUGCUGAAGAAGUGCCGGUGAGCGAUCUCAUUUGGAUGCUUCUUGAUUCAGG